CUUUGUGGUCAGGCGUUCUCCGCGGACGCCGGUUUGUGGCCGCGGUGCAUUGUGGCUCGGUCCCCGCUCUUCUGUCGGGAUCCUCCGCUAACGUGAAGCUGUGGUGAGGACCCAGAGUUUUUCCAGACAUGUCUGUGAGGGAGUCUUUUAACCCUGAAAGCUAUGAGCUGGACAAAAACUUCAGGCUCACGCGCUUCGCAGAGCUCAAAGGCACAGGCUGCAAGGUCCCUCAAGAUGUUUUACAGAAGCUUCUAGAAACCCUACAGGAGAACCACUAUCAGGAGGAUGAACAGUUUCUUGGGGCAGUUAUGCCUCGAUUAGGCAUCGGCAUGGACACAUGUGUGAUCCCCCUCAGACAUGGAGGCCUUUCGCUCGUCCAGACAACAGAUUACAUCUAUCCCAUUGUAGACGACCCCUACAUGAUGGGAAGAAUUGCUUGUGCCAACGUUUUAAGUGACCUGUACGCGAUGGGAGUGACGGAGUGUGACAACAUGCUAAUGCUUCUGGGGGUCAGCAACAAAAUGUCAGAAAAAGAGAGAGACAAAGUCAUGCCACUCAUCAUCCAAGGCUUUAAAGAUGCAUCGGAGGAGGCGGGCACGUCUGUCACGGGAGGACAGACGGUACUAAAUCCCUGGGUAGUGAUGGGGGGAGUGGCCACAACGGUCUGCCAACCCAACGAGUUCAUCAUGCCAGACAACGCAGUGCCGGGCGACGUGCUGGUGCUAACCAAACCUCUGGGAACGCAAGUGGCUGUUGCGGUACACCAGUGGUUAGAUAUUCCUGAGAAGUGGAACAAGAUCAAGCUGGUGGUAACACAAGAAGACGUGGAGCUGGCCUACCACGAAGCCAUGAUGAACAUGGCCCGGCUCAACAGGACAGCUGCGGGUCUCAUGCACACCUUCAACGCUCACGCAGCCACAGACAUCACGGGCUUCGGCAUCCUCGGCCACGCUCAGACGCUGGCGCGACAACAGCGGAGCGAAGUGUCGUUCGUCAUUCACAACCUUCCGGUGCUCGCCAAGAUGGCCGCCGUGUCGAAGGCCUGUGGGAAUAUGUUCGGGCUCAUGCACGGCACCUGCCCCGAAACAUCAGGAGGCCUGCUGAUCUGUUUGCCCCGAGAGCAAGCCGCCCGCUUCUGUGCAGAGAUCAAGUCCCCGAAAUACGGCGAGGGCCACCAAGCGUGGAUCAUCGGGAUUGUAGAGAAAGGAAACCGCACUGCCCGCAUCAUAGACAAACCCCGAAUCAUCGAGGUGGCGCCGCAGGCCGCCACGCAGAACGUCAACCCGACACCCGGCGCAACUUCCUAGUGCUCCCGUGGGGCGUCACAGACCGCAAGAUUUAACGCUCUGAUGAGAGAUUUUAGACACAUAAACAUCAAACCCAUCCUAGAGUAUUGAAAUAUAUUCACAAAAUACUACGUACACAGAAAAAGACUGGGUUGGCGCCGUCUUCAUGGGGGGGAAAGAAAAAAAAAAAGCCCCAGUUGGAGGCCAAAGCAGCCUGUCGCCACCCAGUGGACUCAACCUGCAGUAUCCCCAUGAUAACAAUUGGUAAGAAAUAG